GGAACAUUUUAGAGACACUUGGUUUCCGGUCGGACCAGUAUACAGUGACGGACACAGGAAGGGCUUCCUCUUGCGUCUUCGCAAUGUUUUAGUCGUCACAGUGUUUCGGCAGAAGCUUUACAUCGUAUCUAACUCAUUAAUAAGAGACUUUAUUUGAACCCUGAGUGGAUAAACAUGCCGAAGGUCGUGUCCAGAAGCGUCGUGUGCUCGGACACCAGAGACAGAGAGGAGUACGAUGACGGAGAGAAGCCUCUUCAUGUCUACUACUGCCUGUGCGGGCAGAUGGUCCUGGUCCUGGACUGCCAGCUGGAGAAGCUGCCCAUGAGGCCCCGGGACAGAGCCAGGGUGAUCGAUGCUGCUAAACAUGCUCACAAGUUCUGCAACGUGGAGGUGGAUGAAAACACGUACCUGAAGAGAGCCGAGGGCAUCGAGAGGCAGUACCGCAAGAAGUGCGGGAAGUGCGGCCUGCUGCUCUUCUACCAGCACCAGGAGAAGAACAACCCGGCCACCUUCAUCGUGGACGGAGCCGUGGUCAAGUUCGGACAGGGCUUCGGAAACACCAGCGUCUACAGCCAGAAACAACCGGAGGCUCCUAAGAAAGUCCGCGUGAUGAUGACCAAGAGGACCAAAGACAUGGGCAAGUUCAGCUCGGUCACAGUGUCCACCAUCGACGAGGAGGAGGAGGAGAUCGAGGCCAGAGAGGUCGCGGACUCUUACGCACAGAACGCCAAAGUGAUCGAGAAGCAGCUGGAGAGGAAGGGCAUGAGCAAGAGGAGGCUGCAGGAGCUGGCCGAGCUGGAGGCCAAGAAGGCGAAGAUGAAGGGCACCCUGAUCGAUAAUCAGUUCAAGUAGAUGAGGAGUGAUUGUAAGGACACACUGGGACAAAUCUAACAACACCAGGUCUUCAUCACCCAGUCUGUUCACAGGACAGAGCUGACAGGGAGCUCACCUGAGACUCCACAGAGGACAGUACUGGACCUGGCAGUAAAGGACUAAUGAUUGUGAUGGGGUUGAAUUUAGUGUCUGGGAUCUUUGGAGUUUGUAAGACUUCACAUUGUUUAUAAUGUCUUUUUUUUUUACAAACAUUAAGAGAACAAAUAAACAUGUUUGAUAUUCUCUGAUA